CUGUUGACCCUUUGGUCUCGUGCCUUGAGCCCCAGACACCCACCGCCCAAAGUUUGGCGGGGACAGUGGCCUUGGGGUCGCGCCUGAGAGGUGCUUACAAUGGCACGAAGGAGUCCAGUGGUGAUCGACAUCGGCUCGGGAUGUACCAAGAUGGGCUUCGCCGGCAACAUCGAGCCGACUUUCAUGAUCCCCACCGUGGUGGCCAACUCCGCGCGGAAGUCCAACCAAAGUGUGCAUAUUAGUCAGACGCCCUCCGCGCAUGGCCUUGCCGAUGCAGACUUCUACAUCGGGGAUGAGGCCUAUGCGCGGAAGGACUCCCCAAACUACCUGUUGUCCUCGCCAGUGUCCAAGGGCAGGAUAGACAACUGGGAUGACAUGGAGCGCUUCCUACAGCAGGCCAUCUUCAGAAAUCUGCGGUGCAUCCCAGAAGAGCAUGACUUUUUGCUGACGGAGCCUCCCUUCAACACCCCGGAGAACCGAGAGCUCAUGGCAGAGAUGAUGUUCGAGACCUUCAACGUGAAUGGCCUCUACAUUGGCGUUCAGGCAGUCCUUGCGCUGUACGCUCAAUGGGUGUGCGAUGUGAAACUGGAAAUGGAUGAGGCUAGCAGUCCAAACCUCACCGGCCUCGUGGUGGACUCUGGCGACGGCCUCUCACACGUGAUACCAGUGGCAGACGGCUAUGUGAUCAGCUCCUGCAUUCAGGAGCUUCACAUGGCGGGGAAGCACGUGACGCAGUUUGUGCAUGACAUGAUUUGCGACAGAGGAGAGCCGGUGCCUGCCGAGCAGAGAAUGGAAGCGGCGCGGCAAAUCAAGGAGAAGCAUGCCUAUCUGUGCCGCGAUGUGGUGGAAGAAUACCAGAAGUUUGAUCAGGAUCCGCGGAAGUUCAAGACACUGUCGAACGUGUACCCCAAAACCAAGGAGGAGUGGACAAUUCAAAUCGGCUACGAGCGCUUCCUAGCCCCUGAGAUCUUCUUUCACCCAGAGAUCUUUGUGGAGUCAAUGACCACUCCUUUGCCGCAGGUUGUGGACAAUGCUAUCUCGCAGUGCCCAAUCGAUUACCGGAGAAAGCUGUACAGCAACAUUGUGCUGUCUGGCGGCUCCACUGCUUUUCAGCACUUCAAGGAGCGCCUACAGCAUGACGUGCAGCAGAUCGUGAAUGAGCGGCUUCAAAAGGCCGAGCUCAGCACGGGGCGCCGGCCCCAGGACAUUGAGGUCUGCGUCCAUGGCAGCAAGCAGCGGAAGCAGCAGAGAUACGCGGCGUGGCUGGGGGGCUCUUUGCUGGCGCAGGAGCCAACUUUCCUGACCAUGGUGAAGAGCAAGAAAGAGUACGAGGAGGUGGGGCCAUCGUGCAUGCGAGGUAGUCCUGUGCUGGGAUGAGCGCUCGCUUCUCACCCUCGGGUCCGCCAACGGUUUGCCACGCGGCGCCUACCUUGUCGCCGGCAAGAUGGUUUUCAC